AUGUUGAUAUGGUUGGUUAGUAUAUGUUUUGGAGAUUUCUUCAUCCUUUCUUUGGAAGGCAUAUGGAUGCUUUUAAAAGUCUGGUAUAAUUAUGAUAUUCGUGAUAUAAAUAAUUUCAUUUGUGUAGUGCAUACAAGUUUAUCGAAUUAUUUUUUCUAUUGGUCAGCUUAUAUGCAGACUAUGUUGUCAUUACAGCGAGCCUAUCUAAUUAUUAGGCCUUUGCGAGCUAGAAAUAGUGGUCCAAAUAUGGUUUGGCUUCUUAGAUUAUGGUCAAUGAUAUCUUUAUGUCUUGUAUUGCCCAUUUUGCCAUAUCCAAUUUACUGGCGAGUUAUUAACGGUGAUUGUGACCCCACAAACACAGAUUUGUAUCAUGUUACUACUUUAAAUGACUUUAUUAUCUGGGGUCUAGUCCCAUUAGUUGGCAUGACAACAUCUACGGUUAUCAUAUGUUGGAAUAUAUUUCGACUUAGGAAAUGUUUUCGCAUGGUCACAUCUGCCAUUUACCUACAAGAACAGGAACAACAGCAAAAAUCCAGAGAAUCUAGAUUCAGUACGAUGGUCUAUCCAUUGAAACAGUAUAAUGUACUUGAGAACUACCAUAAACAUUCGCAUUCACUAUCAUUUUCUGAGUCCGCUCUUCAUAUGUCAACCAAAAUAGAUAUGAUCUAUCACCGAGAAUUUAUAAACCAUUAUCUAUUCAUGAUAUUAUUGACCAACCUUUAA